GCCACCUGUCAGUGUCCAUCAGUGCCUUAUGUCAGUGCUCAUCAGUGCCUCGUGCCAGUGCCCAUCAGUGCCACAUCAGUGCCAUAUAUCAGUGCUCAUCUGAGCUGCCUUUCAGUGUCACCCAUUAGUGCCAGUCAGUGCCACCUAUCAAUGCUAAUCAGUGCCGCCUAUCAGUGCUGCCAAUCAGUGCCGCCUAUCAGUGCCAGUCAGUGCUGUCUAUCAGUGAACAUCAGUGCCGCCUAUCAGUGCCAGUCAUCAGUGCCGGCUAACAGUGCCAGUCAGCGCCGCCUAUCAGUGCCAGUCAGUGCCGCCUAUCAG